UCGUCUGUCUGUUUCUCUCUCUAGAAAGUCAGGUCAUAUUAUAGGAGCGGGUUUUUUUGCAAUAUAAUAUCAGUUGGUUCCUGUUGGUGGUUGCGAAUAUUUCUCACAUUCGGAAGUCUUUUUCAUUUCUUCUUGCUCUAAAUUUGGCUCUAUUACCCACGUCUUCCUCUUCCUUUCUCUCUCUCUUUUUUCUAUUCUCUCCAAAUUAACCAUCUCUGCGCUUUCUCACCCUCAGCUCAGCUCUCUCUCAAAUUUCCCACCUUUCUUGUGGAUCGAUGUUUCAUUCCAUGAUGAAUUGAAGCUCGAUUGAUCUGAGGAGCACAAGCUCAAUCCGAUUCCGCUCUCUUAGACUAGAUGACGACAAGAUUUCUUGUCGAAUUAGGUGAUGAAAAGGUAGAGGCUUUGGCUUUUGGUUACAGAUCUGCUUUAAUCUAUCUCAUGUUUGGCAGCUGUUAGCUUUGGGCAUUGAAAAGGUUAUAAACAGUGUUUGCCUUGAUUUUCUGAAAAAAGAUAGAAGGACAAGUGUUGUUGGUAUAUGUGAAGUGAGUUCUGGGUUUGAGCAGAUUGUGAUUGGAAUAUAUAUAUAUAUUGUGUAAAAGAGAGUGACCCCUUUGGUGGUCACAAAGGGGCCCGUGACGGAUCCGUCAAUUGAGAACAGGGGUUGUUACUGCUCGGCUGUUCUGGAGUGCAUACUCAACAUAAUCAGGGCCCUGAGAAUGGGUUCCUGCUUGUCUGCAGAAAGCAGGAGCCCAAUGGCCGGUUCUUCGCCGGCCUCUCCUGCCUGGGGAGCCGCCUCCCGCCGGAGGAAGAGCUCCAAGAAGAAAUCUGCAUCCCGCAAUUCUUCAUUUGAUCACCGCCGGGAAGACCCCGCGCUGCAUAGGAUUCCGGGGAGAAUGUUCCUUAAUGGCUCUAGUGAAGUUGCUUCUUUGUUUACUCAACAGGGCAAGAAAGGAACCAACCAAGAUGCCAUGAUUGUUUGGGAGAAUUUUGGUUCAAGAACAGACACAGUUUUCUGUGGCGUUUUUGAUGGCCAUGGUCCAUAUGGUCAUAUGGUUGCUAAGAGAGUGAGGGAUUCACUUCCUCUCAAGUUGAGCUCACACUGGGAAGUGAACUUAAACAGUGAGGAAGUUCUCAAAGAGAUCAGCCCUAACACUGCUGGAAGCUUGAAUUCAGAUGAUACCGCAUUUGCGUCUGUUGAUGAAGAUUUCAGGGCCUCCGUUGAUUCUGGGGAAUCAGAAAAGCACCCUGAGAUCUUUCAGACACUGAAAGAGUCGUUCUUGAAAGCUUUCAAAGUUAUGGACAGGGAACUGCGAAUACAACCAAGUAUCGAUUGCUUUUGUAGUGGGACAACAGCAGUAACUCUAAUUAAGCAGGGUCGGGAUAUAAUCGUUGGAAAUGUUGGGGACUCCAGAGCCGUUCUUUGCACAAGAGAUAAAGAUAACACUCUACUGGCAAUUCAGUUGACUGUGGAUCUCAAACCAAAUCUUCCAGCGGAAGCAGAAAGAAUACGGAAGUGUAGGGGACGUGUUUUUGCUCUUCAUGAUGAACCAGAGGUUUGUCGGGUCUGGCUGCCAAACAAUGACUCCCCUGGUCUCGCCAUGGCACGGGCUUUUGGAGAUUUUUGCCUCAAGGAUUUCGGUCUGAUCUCAGUGCCUGAUGUAUCCUAUUGGCGUCUCACUGAGAAGGAUGAAUUUAUAGUCUUAGCCACAGAUGGGAUUUGGGAUGUUCUGUCUAACAAAGAAGUGGUAGACAUUAUAGCAUCAGCCCCUGCACGUUCCUCUGCAGCUCGAGCGCUGGUUGAGUCAGCAGUUCGAGCCUGGAGACAGAAAUACCCAACUUCCAAAGUAGACGACUGUGCUGUAGUUUGCCUAUACCUCGAUUCAGACACAAACAACUUAUCAGCUGCUGCUAAUAAUAACUUGAGUGAGCAGCCUACUGCAGUGAAUGUGGUGAAUGCUGGGAGUGAGAAUGAAGAAGAUGUCUCUAUCCCAACUUCUAUGGUCCGCUCAGGGACUGUCCGAAAUGGCGAAGAGAUUUUUCAAGACAAAGAAGAUGAAGAGGAAGAGAGAAGUAAGGAGAAUGCCACAGAGGAACUUAACUCGGAAUCGGGUAUAGAGUGGUCUGCUCUGGAAGGAGUUUCUCGUGUUAACACAUUGUUGACUCUGCCAAGGUUUGUGCCUGGAAAAGAAGACAUGAAGGCCCGGAACAAGGUUUGAUCUUCCCUUGUUCCACAAAAUUUGUUUUGUAUUAUUUUUUUUUUUAUAUAUUUCUUCUUCCUUUUCCUUUUCUUUUCCUCGUCUCCCAUUCUGUUUUCUUCUUCUUCUUCUUCAACACAACUGUGAUUUGUAGGGCCAUCAAAGUUAAAAUUUUGACCGGAGAGGGGGGCCCUCCCGACUAUAUUAGCAUGUCUGGGAAAAUUUGUCCUUUCUAUUGUGGGUAGAAUUGGAAUUUUUGUAAAAUCCAACUCUCCGUCCUAUAAUUUAUUUGUUUGAAACAAAUUCAUGUGUAUUAUGUUGAUAAUAAUCUUGUGAUAUGAAGCCUCAUCUUAGUUGGCAGUUUGCAAGGUCA